CGGCUUCGACCGACGGUCUGAUUCAGAAUCAUUCUCCGAUCGACGAAGCCCAAACCUCUGCAACUUCAAGAAAUGCUUAUCUCCACAGGGCUUCUUCAGUCCACUGUCACUCUCACUUCUCCGUUCCAACCUCUGGUCGACACCCACUUCAGGAACAGCCCGUCAUCGGCCGCCCCGUGUCUGCCCAAAUCCCUCCUGCCGGGCUUCGACGCCGGCGGCGGUGGCCUCCUCAGCGGGCUGCUCUAUUCGGGUAGGAGGCCGCACCGGUCGAAGAAGCUCAGCGCCGUCACCACCGCUGUCAACGCCUCUCUGAUCGAGGCCCCUCUUCUCUGGGCGGGCAGGCUCUGCGUCUUCUACGCGCUCCUCAAGGCCGGGUUGGCCGGAUCCGACGCUAACCCCCUUGUCUCAGAUUUGGGAAGCAGUGGGGUUAGUGCUGAAUAUGGCGAUUUGGGAUUCUCCAAAUGGCUUGGAAGCUUGCAAGGGAAACAAUCAGAUAAAGAAGCAGCUGACAGAAGAAAACUGGUGAGCAAAUGGCACCCUACAACAAAGGGUACCCUUCGACGAAACUACAGGAUCCCCUCUAAAUCCGAAGGCCGGCGCCUCCUCAAGGCCAUCGCUUCCUUGCUGUCUGAUGAUGAUCACUUCACAGACGCCACCUCUCACAAGGGCUGUCAAAUUAGAAGAGAGAGUGCUCAUGGUGAAAGUGUUUGCUGCAACAACGUGAGGGCUCUGUUUGAUGAGCUUCCGACCCCGCAUGUGAUCGUGGAGAUCACCCCAUUCCCUGCAGGCCCACUCACCGAGAAGGAUUAUGCAAAGGCUGAGAAACUCGAACGCGUUCUGAGAUCAGGCCCUUCGAUUUGAUCUCAAGCGCCAUGGACGUUCUGAUCUGAUCUGAGCUCCCCUGUCCCUGGACAUUGUCAUCGACUUGUAAAUAUCUGCAAACAUGAAAUGGCUUCCCCCUCUUGCCUCGGAAUGGCUUUCAACUCCACGAGUCUUGGUUUACAGGGUUUAGUAUUUUUCGAAGGAAUAGGGUAACGGGUUCAACUGAAGUAGUUAUAACGUGAUCAUAUCAGCUGCGCUGCGCCAGUAAACGACUAAAGAUCUUAUAUAUAAAUUUAGCGCAGUUUACAACCUUGGUUCA